CUAAAACUCCGUAUACACACAGAUUAAAACCUUGAAAAGCAAAAGCAAAAGCAAAAGCAAAAAUGGCAGUUCCGGCUAGACCUAAUGGACUUGAAGAUGAUGAAGAAGAAGGUAUAUUCGGGGAAGAAGAACUCGAGAUGGAUAUCAGUACUGAAACAACUCCUCCACAUCUUCGUGCUCUAGCCGAGGCUGCUCAGCUCGGCAACGUCGACGCCCUUCGCCAUGCUCUAGAUAAUUUGACUGGAAAUAUCGAUGAACCCGUGGAAGACGGGGAUACCGCCCUCCACCUGACCUGUCUGUAUGGGUAUCUGCCUUGUGUCCAGCUACUUUUGGAGAGGGGAGCUAGCAUGGAGGCUAAGGAUGAGGAUGGUGCAAUUCCUAUUCAUGAUGCUUGUGCAGGAGGUUUUGCUGAAAUUGUGCAGCUUCUAAUCAACUCUGCUGGCAACCCUGAUCUUGUUAACAAGAUGUUGAACACAGUCGAUGUGGAAGGUGAUACACCUCUCCAUCAUGCGGCUAGAGGUGAACACGUGGAAGUUGUGCGUCUAUUACUUGCAGCUGGAGCUUCUCCAACUAAAGCAAACAUCUAUGGGAAGUCCCCAGUUGAUCUCACUGAACCAGAAACGGAGGUGAAGAGAAUUCUGGAAACCUCAGCGAAUGGUUUGGUUUGUUAGUUGGAUGCUUGGUGCUAAUUAUACUGUCGCAAGCACUCCAGCCGUAUAUGAAGUUUGAGGUUGUAGAGUGAGAGAGCCCGAGGGGAAUGAAACCUUAGUUGGUCCAUAGUGAACAGUCGUAUACAAUAUCAGAUAUUGGAAUAGUGCACUUUGCUUUUCUGCUCAUUAGUAUUAGUUUUGACUGUUAUUUCUCUUGGUUCAUGUUACUUUGUUAGUUUGCCCAAGGUUAAAGCGGCACCUUAAAUCAUUAUAUAUUGAUGGCGUUCUUGCCAUGGUUCAUGAAA